UAUUGUCAUUCCAGGACGUUUUGCAUAAAAUAUGUGUCCCCCACGGCCAGGUAAUGCGCAUUGUCAUAUUCAAAAAGAAUGGCGUCCAGGCCAUGGUGGAAUUCGACAGUUUGGAUUCGGCAGCCAGAGCCAAAGAAAAUUUAAAUGGAGCUGAUAUUUAUUCGGGUUGUUGUACUUUGAAAAUUGAUUUUGCCAAGCCGGAAAAAUUGAAUGUCUACAAAAAUGAACCAGAAACCAGCUGGGAUUACACUCUCGCCACUGCAGUUAAAGAAAUUACCAAUGGACGUUCACCUUUGCUUCAGGAGCCACUCUAUGGAACACGUGCUCAGCAAUACAGUAAGUAG